AUAGACUGAUCAAUUUCUGGUGUUAUUGGGUUCCACAUAAUUUGUGGAAUCCUUGAUAGAGAGCUGAUUCAUCGUUGCAUUGGCGUCGCGUGCCUAUUACUAGGUUAUCGUCAAACGUCAUUACUUGUUUAUUGACAGCGAAUUAUAGGUUGCCCGAUGUUUUGUAAUUGUUUAUUUUAAGCUAAUAGACAUAUAACGAUGACAUUGUUAAGCAGAUUUUUUUCUCUAGGCUCACCAGCCUGUCGUCUGGGUCUAGUUCAACGCAGUUUGACGACUUCUCGUAACUUACGAUCUAAGGUUCAAGGUGAUGUUGUUGGUAUUGACCUUGGUACUACCAACAGUUGUGUUGCUGUUAUGGAAGGUUCUGUUCCUAAGGUCAUUGAGAAUUCCGAGGGUAUGAGGACUACACCUUCUGUGGUUGCUUUCACAGAUGACGGUCAGCGCCUUGUAGGUGUGGUAGCAAAGCGUCAGGCUGUAACAAACCCUGAGAACACGGUGUUCGCCACUAAAAGAUUCAUUGGCCGCCGUUUUGACGAUGACGUCACGAAGAAGGAGCAAAAGACCCUUCCCUACAAGAUAGUCCGUGCAUCGAAUGGUGAUGCUUGGAUUGAAGCUCAGGGUAAACAAUAUUCCCCUAGCCAGAUUGGCGCUUGCAUCCUCUCAAAGAUGAGGGAGACGGCUGAGGCACACCUUGGUAGGAAAGUAACUAAGGCUGUUAUUACUGUGCCUGCAUAUUUCAACGACUCACAGAGGCAGGCUACCAAGGACGCUGGCAAAAUUGCUGGUUUGGACGUUUUAAGGAUUAUUAACGAGCCGACUGCCGCUGCUUUGGCUUUCGGUCUUGAGAAAAAUGACGGAAAGACUAUCGCUGUAUAUGAUUUAGGUGGUGGUACUUUUGACAUUUCAAUAUUGGAGAUCCUUGGUGGUGUUUUUGAGGUUAAGGCUACCAACGGCAAUACUUCUCUCGGUGGUGAGGACUUUGACCAGCGCAUUCUUAAAUACUUAAUAUCGGAAUUUAAGAAGCAGCAGGGCAUUGACUUGACCAAUGAUAAGUUGGCUCUACAGAGGUUGCGUGAGGCUGCAGAGUCUGCCAAAAUUGAGUUAUCGAGCAAGACUCAGACUGAAAUCAAUUUGCCUUUCAUUACUGCUGAUAUGAGUGGCCCCAAGCAUAUGCAGUUCAAGCUUACCCGUGCCAAGCUUGAGGAGAUUUGUGAUGAUUUGCUCAAGGGCACCAUUGAACCUUGUGAGAAAUGCCUAAAGGAUGCCGGUGUAUCAUCGAAGGACUUAAAUGACAUCAUUUUAGUUGGAGGCAUGACUCGUAUGCCACGUGUUGGUGACAUUGUCCAACGUAUAUUUGGCAAGGAAGCUUCCAAAUCCGUCAACCCUGAUGAGGCUGUGGCUAUGGGUGCUGCUAUUCAGGCUGGUGUUCUUAAGGGUGAGAUUAAAGAUUUGCUUCUUUUGGAUGUUUGCCCUCUUUCAUUGGGUAUAGAAACUCUUGGUGGUGUUUUCACCAGGUUGAUCAACCGUAACACAACCAUUCCCACUAAGAAGAGCCAGAUAUUCUCUACUGCUGCCGACAAUCAAACACAGGUUGGUAUUAAGGUAUACCAGGGUGAGCGUGGUAUGGCUGCUGACAACCAAUUGCUCGGUCAAUUUGAACUUGUUGGUAUUCCUCCGGCACCCCGUGGUGUUCCACAGAUUGAGGUCACUUUUGAUGUAGAUGCCAAUGGUAUCAUGAACAUUAGUGCCGUUGACAAGUCUACCGGCCGCAAGCAGGAGAUAACUAUUCAGAGCAGUGGCGGUUUGAGUGACGAGCAGGUGGAACGCAUGGUUAAGGAUGCUGAAGCUUUCAAGCAAUCUGAUGAGCAGCGCAAGCUUUUAGUUGAUGCUCGCAAUGAAGCUGAAACUCUUUGUUACUCCGUUGAGAAGCAGUUGAGUGAUUUCAAGGACAAGAUUUCUGAGGAAGACAAGAAGGGUCUUGAGGAGCAGCUUGCCAACCUUCGGGAGCAGAUGUCCAGUGAAGACAUCGAUAGUCUGAAGGAAUGCCACAAGCGUCUUCAGGAGUUGUCAUGGAAGGUAUCUCAGCAGAUGUACCAGGGCAACCAGCAAGCGUCUGAGAAGUCCGGUUCUGACAGUGACCCUGAAUCUGAAGAAAAGAAGUGAGUCACUUUGGUAGCAUUCCAAUAUUCCGCGUUGAGUAACGAGUUGUCUAAAUGUUCACACUACACGUUUAUAAGAAUCACCGAAC